AGGAAUAGAGCUACCCCAAGCUAUCUACAUUGGCCUCUAUAGGCAGAAAGAGAGAGUGGAGCUGAUUGAAGGUAGGAAGGAGCCUGAGAGGAAGAAGUGAUGGGAUAUCCCCUUAUGGACCUUUUCCUCCUGAUGCUGUCUGGGGCAUCAACCCUGACAGGAGGGACUGAUCUGAUGGUGCAGCAGGAGCCACAAGUCCUGGAGGUGGGCCCGGGCGGCAAAGUGAACAUGGCAUGCAAUGUCACCCUGGCCAAAGGGCAGCAAUUCCGAGUAAAGUGGAAGAAGGAUGGCAAGGAACUGUGCCGGUCUACACCCAUCAGUUGGAACUCCAGUCAAGUUACAUGGGAGUCCAAAGAAAAGUUGAUCUGGAUCCCGGAAAAUACCAUCAUCCUGAGUCUGGAUGAUGUGAAUGCUAAUGACAGUGGGCACUAUGUGUGUUAUGUGACAGUGGACAUUCCAAUGCUUAAGAGAGCUGAAGGCAAUGGAACACAUCUCAUAGUCUCAGAUUCCGUCAAAGGCAGCUGGAUCAAAGUCUCUCAAGGUCUUCUCUUAUGGCUGCUGGUGGCAAGUGUCAUAGUGGGAUUCGGGGCUGCAUUGGGGAAAAUGAUCUGGCGAUUCCUUAGCAGAAGCAGAGACUCUGAGAACCACUUAUAUGGCAAUGUUCUCUCCUACCACCCGAAGACUACCACACCAGGCAAGGGCAAGACUCUGGCAUGCGUACCAGUGAGGAAGAGAGAAGAGAACCUCUACCCUAGUAGUUUCCCCAAGCCCCUACCCCAGAGUCUCUGCUUGUUCUCCCCCGAACCCUCCCAGACCCACCUGAGCCUGCAUCCUGCUAGUUCUUAGCCAACAAAAACAGCUCCCUCCCCACCCUCCACUUAACCUAGGAUUUCUCAGCCCAGCCCAGUGUGGGGUUGGGGAGGGGGUCAGCCUCCUGAAAGCAGGAAAGUGAGAGAGGGCUAAGUUUCCCAAAAGCCAGGACGUUGACUUUUCAGCCAAGUCACGGAGGAUCCGAUGCUUAAACAUGAGCUGGGGCUACAUUUUUGGAGAUGGACGACACGAGAAUGUUUUGCUUGACCACGAAUAUUGGUUACUAGGGGUUUGUUUUUCUUUUUUAAUUGGGGAGGGGAGGGAGUAGAGAAA